GGCGCGCUUGAUUCGGAGCCGCCCACGCUGACACCUGGACCGAUCCGUGUGCCCCACACAGAGGGACGGAGCUUUUAUUUGUCGUACAGAUGCCGUGGAAGCGCGUACGUCCGACCACGGGUAAAGAUUUGCGUAUACGCUCUCGUUUGCAUGCGUCCUGUUUGACCAGAAACUAUGAAUCGACCCAACCUUCGGCGGCUGUUUUCCGCCUGCGACGUGAACAAGUCCGGAAGGAUCGAGUAUGAGGACUUCACUUUGGUCUGCAGGGAGCUCAGCGUCCCCGACUCGGAGAUCCAGACCCUGUUCCAGAAGUUCGGAGCCUACGAGGACGGCUACAUCGACUACAGCCGGUUUUCCUCCAGGUUUCUGGAGGUUUCAGAGACCCUCGACUUGGCGUCCUUCGGCGCAGGAGCAACAACCCAAACUCCGUGGGAAGAGUUUGUGGACACGAUUGAUGAGGAGUUUAUCUUCUCUGAAAGUCUCAGGGAGCAGCUGGGUGACCUUUACCAGGCCAUUCACUCCUCUGCAAACACCGCUCUUCUGAAGGCGUAUGAGGAAAUCGUCCACUCUCUUGUCAGUCUAAGCCUGGAAAACAAACUAGAGUGUGAACAGUUGGAGACCAGUUUGAAGCGAGCCGAGGAGACGAAUACCAGUCAGCUGGCCGAGAUGGAGGACGAUAUCCAGCAGCAACUGGCCCGAGCAGAGGAGCGGGUGAGAGACGAGGAGCAGAAGAAAAUGGAAGGAAUCGUAGCAACCAUGCAGAGGAAGCACAACAAUGAGGUAGCUGACCUGCAAGCCACAGCUGAUCACCUUUUAAAGAACCAUGAGAAUGCUGAACUAAACCAGUCAAAAGAGGAGAUGAUCAGACUGAACAAACAGAUCAGUGGUCUCUUACAGGAAAAUGGGCAUUUACGAAGUUCUCUGGUUCAAAACCAGACAAACAUUGCCGUCCUCCACUCUGAGCUGGACAAGCUGAAGAACAUGUAUGCCGAUCAGAAAGCCCAGCAUGAAAGAGAAACAGAAGUUUUAAAGAAGAUGAUGACGGAAUACAAAUCAUACUCCGAUCAGAUUCAGAUCCUACAGGAAAUGAACAAGAAGCUGUAUGAUAGCAACGACGGACUGCGCUCAGCUUUACUCAGUGGAUCGGUUGCAGCUAAACGGAGGCUAUCCUCUCAAGACGAAAUCCUUCCCAGGAGAAUGAAACCUAUUCGACAGAGCACGCUCAAUCAUGGCAGAUCCGAGCAGGAACCCAGCAUCAUCCGUGCGUCCGACUGGGCUGAGAGGUACCUGGACAGCGGCCUGUCCAUGCCGAUGGACACGACUGAGAGCUCUGCCAGCGACGGCGAAAGCAACGACAGCAGGAGCUCCGAGGAAACUCUGCACCACAGCUACUCGUUUGUGGAGAUGUCGGAGGUUAAAUCUGAGGCCGCACCGUCUGAAGCUCCCAUCAACGCUUCACCCAUUCGAAGGCCCCUCUCUGCCUUUGCCACCACGCAGCUGGAGGACGACAUCACAGUGACAGAGGAACCUUCACCGAUGUACUAUAUUGCUUUAGCAGGAGAUGCGGGAGCUGGAAAGUCCAGUUUCCUGUUGCGACUGACUCUCAAUGAAUUCAGAGAAGGCAUUCAGACAACGCUGGGUGUCGAUUACCAGACAAAGACGAUGCAGGUGAACGGACAGACGACGAGUCUGCAGAUAUGGGACACAGCCGGUCAGGAGAGGUACCGUUGCAUUGCCAGGUCGUAUUUCCGUAAAGCUGACGGAGUCCUGCUGUUGUACGAUGUUACUUCAGAAAGGAGCUUUCUAAACGUCAGGGAGUGGAUCGAUCUGAUUCAGGAUUCUGCCAAUGAGAAAAUCGCCAUGUGCGUUGUUGGAAACAAGGUGGACCUCCGGGAGCAAUGCCACGCAGGAAGCUGUGUUAGCAGCUCAGACGGAGAAAAGCUGGCCUACGCGUACGGCGCCCUGUUCUGUGAAACGAGCGCCAAAGAGGGAACCAACAUUGUUGAAGCUGUGCUUCAUCUAGCACGAGAAAUAAAGAGAAAUGGCAAGCUGAGGCGGCGGUCAGAAUCUCAGGUCAGAUUGAGUGAAACCCUCCCAAAGAAGGCUGUUAAAGGUUGCUGUGGAGUUUAAACGUGCCGACCGAACAACAAAGGACAUCAUGCUGCUUUUCUUUCAAAAAGGAACAACACAAACCUUAGUUGUUGCUUUUGUUUUAGUACUUUAUUCUAUUUCACUUCUGAACUGUAAACAUAGUUUCAUGAAGGGUCACUCUUUGGUCAAAAUGAAGGUUUUUUUGUAGUAAAACUGCACAUGUACAAAUUCACAUCAUUAUUAUUAUGCUCAAAAGUAUUUUAACUUUUAUAUUUAUUUGGACAUGGAUAAGCUUUACUGAUGACAAAAUGAGGAUUCAACUUAAGUAUAUUUAAUAAUCUUAGCAGACUUUUUAAAUGUUUGUUUAAUUAUUUUUGUCUUAAUUUCCCUUUGGGAUCAUAACCGUAAUGCUAACAGUGAUGUAUUCCUUUUGGGAAUUAUUUUUUUACACAGUAAAACGUGUCUUCUAAUAUUUUAUUACUCAGUUAUUUUAACAUGUGGAGCACUGAUCAAAUGUAUUUUUUUGUGUUGUUAUCUUUGUAACAUCUUUUUUUUAAACAUCUUUGUUAGCAGAAAUAAAGGCAAUCCCUUCCCCCGAAUAAAACUGACUGCAAAUAACUUUAGAAAGUUGUAUCAAUAAACAGAAAUCUCUACUGAUGCAAA